AAAUACUUAUAUUAUAUAUACAUACAUACAUACACUUACUUUCUCAUAGGCCCAACCCCACUAUCAAUACGAACCCCUUAUAGUGUUAUUGAGCAUUCAUAAAUUCACAAGUCUUUUUUCACUUGACAUCACAUUCUAUCUCUCUAUUUGUGAAGAGGGUGAGACUCCAACUUCUUAUAUAUAUACACAGUCAUCAUGUUACUAUUGUAUAUGGCGGUUUUAUCGUCGGCUUUUAGCGGUCUUUUGCUUCUCAAUGGCGGAGUAAUGGUGGAGGGCGUCGCUGUAAAAGUGACCGGUAACAUUUCGAAGAUAGAAGACGCUAGUUAUUUUCGUAUAUAUUAUGGUAAUACCUUCAAAGUCAUCAAAAACGACCUUGAUGGCAAGAGCUAUCUUCUCAUCCAGAGUAACUCAAAGAUGGCAGCAAAGACCAAAUAUUGUACGCCAAGGAUCAAAUCAUUUGUCAUUCCAUUAGCAAACUUUUCCAUGGAUGUCAGUUAUUUUCCAGUUUCAUUCUUUGAGCUUCUAGGACUCAUGCCAUCAUUGAAAGGCAUCACAUCAGAAAGGAUAGCUUCUCCAUGUCUCCUUAAACUCUAUAAUGAGGGACAACUCCAAAUGCUUAACAAGAGUGAGCCACAACAAUUUUCUCAGUAUACCGCGCAUUUCAUCAGCUAUAACUCCAAUCAACAAACUCAGUCAUGCAACUAUGUUGCUUUUGUCCCCAUCGGCGAGCAAACUCCCCUCCAAAGGGCCGAGUGGAUCAAGUACUUGGGAGUUUUUGCAAAUGUGGAAACGAGAGCAAAUGAAAUCUAUGAUGCUGUGAAAAGCAAUUACAUGUGCUUGGCUAAUUCUGCCGCAAGCAAAAAGCUCAAACCAAUAGUGGCUUGGAUGGAGUUUAAUGAUGGUGUUUGGACUUUCACAAAAGAAGCAUACAAGCUAAAGUAUAUAGAAGAUGCAGGUGGAGAAAACCUGGAUGAGUCCAUAAACAAAAUAACAUACAACAUAACAACUAUUGAAGAUAUGGAACAACUUCAUGCUAUCUUAUGUACCGUAGAUGUAUUGAUUGAUGGAACGUUAACCCCAGACCCGUUUGGCUACAAUGCAACGUUGUUUCUUCAAAACCUCAAUAUAGAGGAUCAAUCUUGUUUAGCAUUUCUUUCACAUGAAAGCGUGUGGAGACACGAUAAACGCCUUUCAACUGACCUGGCUCUUGAUUGGUUCGAUGGAGCUGUGUCGCAACCGCAACUAGUCCUUGCGGACCUAAUGGAAAUGUUGUUUCCAACGGGGAAUUAUACGACUACUUACUUUAGAAACCUCCUAAAGGGCGAAGAGGCUACAAGCCUUGGUCUUGAAAACUGCGAUCGCGAUACUUUUACGGCCAUGGAGCCAACUAUAAUAGCAUGCACAUAGAAUUCAUUGUCUAUUUGGUUUUAGUAUUAUCUCAAUGAAUUCUUUUACUAGAGACUCUGCUUUGUUACUUUGUGUUUAUAGCAUUCGUGUGGACCCGAAUUAUAUUACACUAUUAUAAAACAGAGUUUUUGGUAACA